AUGGUAGCACUAACCAUAUCUGCAGUAGGCCGCGUUCCCCUCGCCCGGGGAUUGCCCAUCAUCAUCACGCUAGACAAAGGCGUGGAGGAGGCUACGAUUGCCGACGUGAAGGCUGCUAUCGCGGCUAAGUACCCUAAGUUUUACCCGGCGCGUCAAAAGCUGGCCUUGAAAGAUGACAACAAGGCACUCGCCGAUGAGCUCACCCUCAUGACUGCGGGGAUUGUGGACGGCGACAAGGUGACGGUGAAGGACUUGGGUCCUCAAGCCUCAUGGCGGACUGUAUUUAUGGUGGAAUAUCUUGGACCCCUCAUUAUCCACCCCUUGAUCUACCACUUCCCGAACAUCUUCUAUGGUGGACCUGUCACGCAUAGUAUACUACAAAAAUAUGUGUACGCCUUCGUGCUCUUGCACUUUUUCAAGCGUGAACUCGAGACGUUCUUUGUUCACCGGUUCUCCCAUGGGACCAUGCCGGCCUCCAACAUCAUCCGGAACUCGGCACAUUACUGGAUAUUGAGCGGCGCGCUCCUGGCGUACAGUCUCUACAGCCCCACUUACUCCGCCGCAUCCCCACACAUCCUCGGGAGCAUUCGCAAUAAUCCUAACUAUCUCUGGAUUGGCACUGCGCUCUGGCUCUUUGCCGAGCUCUCCAACCUGCAUACUCACAUCACGCUCCGCAACCUUAGGCCACCCGGGUCGAAGGUGCGCGCGAUCCCGUAUGGGUACGGGUUCGCCUUGGUGUCAUGCCCAAAUUACUUCUUCGAGACGUUGGCAUGGUCCGUCAUUGCCGGCAUGACCGGCAGUUAUGCAGCGUGGCUCUUCGUCUUCGUGUCUGGGUAUACCAUGGCGAAGUGGGCUCUCAAAAAGCACAGGGCAUACAAGAAAGAGUUCGGCAAGCAAUAUCCCCCCAAUAGGAAAGCCAUCUUCCCAUUCAUCCUGUGA